CUCGACGAUCCCUCGCGGAGGCGGGGCAUCUUGGCGAAAAUCCGGGGAGACGAGUUUCUCAGUCCCUUCCCCAAGCCCUCUGCCAUGGUUAUACCUACCCUGGACAGCCUGCUCAACACGGGUGAUGCAAGCGAGCCCAGUGCCGGACCGUCCGCUUCAAUAACGACCCUGGCAGGCGACAGCACCGUGCAAACCCGUGAUCAGCUAUUGGAUGCCCCCGCGACGAGCAAGGUGCUGCCUGAUCAGGGUGUCAGUACUACCACGAUCGACGACCGGACAACACAGCCAACAUCCAUAGCCACCAAAGGUCCGAUUCCGGCUGCAACAACGAAGACCGCCGCCGUCAAAGGCGCAUCCAAACUGCGCGUCCAGCGGACUUCGACUACGGCGCGGAACCUGUGCGCGGUGGCGUACAUCAAGCAACACCCCAAGGCGACGACCGGAGAGUUUACGGCGUACUACGACUCCAUGGACCAGGAGCUCCGCAUUGGCAACGAAGCGAGGUUCCGGUUCGGGCUCGCUCAUUUGCUGAAAAAUGCGGCGGCCACGGCGGAGGAGGUGGUGAAUGCGUACGCAUCCGCCCCGGAAGACAUCAAGAAGAGCUUCAACGAUGUGGCUUUGGCUCAGGUUACAGCUACAGCCAAAGCGAAGAAGUCUCGGAACACUGUCAAAACGCCCAAGUAGUUCCGCACGGCCGUUGUCGUUCUCUCGGACGCGUCUUACGCUCUUAUGAUGCCUCGUUCUGUCUCGUCUGGGUCUCCCCGCACGGCGCCCGCAUGUGUCUUCGUCUCUCGCCUCCUCUCGCCGUCUUGCCGUCGUCGCCAACUCUUGCCAUCUCGCCGUCGUCGCCGUGUCUCGCGAUCUCUCGUCCGCGCGCAGCGCAUCGUCUCUCUCCGGUCUAUCGGUGUCUCAUGAUCUCGCAUCCGCCUGUGUCUGCCCUCUCCAUGCUCGCGGACCACUCUCGCCUAUCGCUAUUGCCUCUUCUCGUAGAACGCUCUCGCCUCCUCUCGUCAAUAGCUCUCGUUGAUCACUCUUGUCACUCGCUCUCGUCUC